AUGGAGAGCAUGCAAAAGUGCCCCUUCACCAGCGUCAUCCCAUAUGGGAUGAUUCUUUGCGAAAAAAUGAAGAAAGAGAAAAACGGACAAGAUCCAGAAAAUGUAAUAAUUGAAGAGUUCGAUAAACUUCUAAGCACAUACGAAAGACCUAAUCCAUAUGAUGAAAAGGGAACCGUACAAUUCAGCAAUCAAAGGGAUUUGAUUCUUUUCCAAAUAGACAUAGAAUACACAGUAGAUAACAUUUUCAGAAACAUGGUGUUCACCAAUGAAAACACUCAAAAUGGAAAUACUUUAAGCAACAUUUUUGCACCAUAUCGAAAGUUACUUCAAAAUAAAGAGAAAAGUUACGUGUCAGUUCCAGUGAUUAGAAUUUACACUGUUACAAAUGAUGGAUACAGUGUCCUUCUGAAUGUACAUAACUUUUUCCCAUAUUUCUACGUUGAAAAACCAAGCAAUUUUGAAGAAGAAGAUUUAAUAAAAUUAGAAACAAUGAUGAAUGAUAAUUUGAAUUCUAAUAGUCAAUACAAAAUGUAUGAAAAGAAAAUUUUAAACAUUGAAAUUAUUCAAACGGAAAGUUUAAUGUAUUACAAACGGUGCGGGAAAAGAGAUUUUUUAAAAAUCACUGUUUUAUUACCUAAAAUGGUUCCAACAUUGAAAAAAUUUUUUGAAAAUGUUGUUAAUGUAAAUGACAAAAAUAUUGGAGGUAUUGUUUAUGAAGCUAAUUUACCAUUCAUACUUCGAUACAUAAUAGAUGAGAAAAUUACAGGUUCUUCUUGGAUUAUGUGCAAAAAAGAUCAUUUUCACAUUAGACCUAGAAAUAAAAAAAUAUCCAACUGUUCCUUCGAAAUUGAUAUAUCAUAUGAACACAUAGAACCAAUGAGCUUAGAAAAUGAAUUUCAACAAAUUCCUAAAUUAAGAAUUCUUUCGUUCGAUAUUGAAUGUAUUAAAUUAGAUGGAAAAGGAUUCCCAGAAGCUAAAAAUGAUCCCAUUAUACAAAUUUCAUCCAUUUUGUAUUUUCAAGGAGAUCCAAUUGAAAAAUGUUCUAAAUUUAUAUUUACACUAAAAGAAUGUGCUAGUAUACCAGGUUCUAAUGUCAUCUGGUUUGAUCAGGAAAAAACAAUGCUAGAUGCAUGGAGUGAAUUUAUCACAAGAUUAGAUCCAGAUUUUCUAACUGGAUACAACAUUAUCAAUUUCGAUUUGCCAUACAUAUUAAAUAGAGGAACUGCUCUAAAUUCUAAAAAACUAAAAUUACUUGGAAGAAUCAAAAAUAUCAAUAGUGUUGUCAAGGAAUCUAGCUUUUCAUCAAAACAGUUUGGGACACAUGAAACGAAAGAAAUUAACAUUAAUGGAAGAAUACAAUUUGAUGUCUAUGAUUUAAUAAAAAGAGAUUAUAAACUAAAAUCAUACACAUUAAAUUAUGUCUCCUUUGAAUUCUUAAAAGAACAGAAAGAAGAUGUUCACUACAGCAUUAUGAAUGAUUUACAAAACGAGAGUCCAGAAUCCAGAAAAAGAAUUGCCACCUAUUGUAUAAAAGAUGCUGUACUACCACUCAGACUCAUAGAUAAACUUCUAUUUAUUUACAAUUAUGUCGAAAUGGCAAGAGUUACAGGAACUCCAUUUGUCUACCUAUUAACAAGAGGACAACAAAUCAAAGUUACCUCGCAGCUUUAUCGAAAAUGCAAAGAUUUGAAUUAUGUUAUUCCAAGUACAUAUAUCAAAACCAAUACAAAUGAAAAAUAUGAAGGAGCUACUGUUUUAGAACCCAUAAAAGGCUAUUACAUAGAACCCAUUUCGACCCUCGAUUUUGCAUCUCUUUACCCAUCUAUCAUGAUAGCCCACAAUCUUUGCUAUUCUACUCUGAUCAAAAAUAACAAUGAAAUGGAAGGACUAAAUCCACAAGAUAUAACAACUAUUCAGGGAAAGGGAAAUAUCAAAUUUGUCAAAAGAAAUGUCAAAAAAGGAAUACUUCCACUCAUAGUAGAAGAAUUAAUAGAAGCAAGAAAAAAAGUUAAAAUGUUAAUAAAAAAUGAACAAAGUCCAAUAACUAAAAUGGUUCUAAAUGGAAGACAAUUAGCACUUAAAAUAUCUGCAAAUUCAGUGUAUGGAUAUACUGGAGCUGCAUCUGGAGGACAACUCCCAUGUCUAGAAGUAGCAACUUCUAUUACAACCUUAGGAAGACGUAUGAUUGAUAAAACAAAAGAAACUGUUGAAAAUUACUACAGCAAGAGUAAUGGAUUUGAGUUCAAUGCAACAGUUGUGUAUGGAGACACAGAUUCUGUGAUGGUAAAAUUUGGAACCAACAGCAUCGAAGAAGCAAUGAGAUUAGGAAAAGAUGCAGCAGAAAGAAUAAGCAAAGAAUUUUUAUCUCCAAUAAAAUUAGAGUUUGAAAAAGUAUAUUGUCCAUAUUUACUAUUAAAUAAAAAAAGAUAUGCAGGAUUGUUAUAUACAAACCCAGAGAAACAUGACAAAAUGGAUUGCAAAGGUAUCGAAACGGUCAGAAGAGAUUUCUGUAUCUUGAUUCAACAAAUGAUGGAAACCAUUUUAAAUAAAUUACUUAUCGAAAAAAAUCUGAACAGUGCUAUUGAAUAUACCAAAAGUAAAAUAAAACAAUUACUUACCAAUAACAUUGAUAUGAGUCUCCUUGUUGUUACAAAAUCUUUAGGAAAAACAGAUUAUGAAACAAGAUUACCCCAUGUCGAAUUAGCAAAAAAAUUAAAACAACGGGACAGUGCAACAGCUCCAAAUGUUGGAGAUCGAGUUAGUUAUAUAAUUGUUAAAGGAGUAAAGGGACAAGCACAAUAUGAAAGGGCAGAAGAUCCACUAUAUGUAUUAGAUAAUAACUUAGCCAUAGAUUACAAUCAUUAUUUAGAUGCAAUUAAAAAUACCUUAUCCAGAAUUUUUGAAGUUAUAAUGCAAAAUUCAGAUUCCCUCUUUUGUGGGGAACAUACAAGACACAAAACCAUUUUAACAUCUAGUCAAACGGCUCUUUCCAAAUUUUUGCAAAAAGCUGUUAGAUGUAUCGGUUGUAAUAGUUCCAUUAAAAAACCACCACUAUGUAGCCAUUGUAAAGCAAAUAAAGAAUUUUCUAUAUAUAUGAAUAAAAUGAAAAACUUCAAAAAUAAACAAAAUGAAUUCUUUCAACUCUGGACUGAAUGUCAGCGUUGUCAGGGAAACCUCCAUGUCGAGGUCAUAUGCAUGAAUAGAGAUUGUCCCAUUUUUUAUAGAAGAGCCAAGAUUAAGAAAGAUAUGUCCAAUAUUCAGGAGCAGAUAAGUACAUUGCGGGCAGAUUGGUGA